AUGCUGAGCUCGGUGUCGUCGCUGAAGGGCCUGCUGGAGGGGGGGCCGCGCGUCGACAACUGGGCGUGCUGGCUGCACCACGGGCUGACGUUCGCGGCGCUGCUGCUGUGCUCGGUGGUGGUGUCGGCGCGGCAGUACGUGGGCGACCCCAUCGACUGCCUGUUCCGCGGCGCCGGAGAGCACCGCACGCUCGACGCCUACUGCUGGGUGCAGUCCACCUUCACGUCGGCGCGCGCCCUCGACCCGGACGAGGAGCGGGCUCACCCCGGGGUGGGGCCCGAGGCUCCGGGCGAGCCGAUGCGCCACCACGCCUACUACCGCUGGGUCUGCUACGUGCUGCUCUUCCAGGCAGCCGCCAGCGUGGCGCCGCACUGCCUCUGGAGGGCCUACGAGGGCGGCGCCGCGGCCAGCGCGGCCACCAAGGAGCACUGUGUCGCAACUCCCCUUACAACAACUAGGGCAAUUACCGUGCCAGGGCCCGGUGGCUUGCCCCCUCGAACUAAACAGAUCCGAGGCGGCCAGCACCCGUCUCCCGCGCACGCGGAAUAA